AUGUUAUAAAAUUCUUGUUUUGAGGAUUAUUUUGGAAUGGAAAUUGAAAAUUAAUUAGGAACUAGGGGUCAAUCAAAAGAAUGUGUUGAAAAUAAGAGAAUAAACCUAUUUUAAACUCCUAGAAAAUCAGAUUAUUUCGAACCUGAAAAUUAAAUGAAUGAAUCCUAAUAAUCGCCACAUUUUAUUUUAUAGUGUAAAAAUUAAAGAGAUUCAACACAAUACAAUUACAGUAUAAGUUUUAAAUAUAAAAAGACUCUGAAAAUGAAAAUACCGCAAAUGGAAAUAAAGAUGAAUUUCAAAUAGAUAUAAAUUUUACGCCAAAAACAAAUGAAUGCCUAUUCACAGAAUUGAAUAACUUGAUAGUUCAGGUUUAAGAAAAGAUAUAAAAUUUAUCUCAAUAAUCACCAGGUGCUAAUGAUCUAAGUCAAUGUUAUGGCACAUAUAGUGAAAUUAAAUAACAAAUAUAUGAAAUCGAGAGAGUUUACAGAAGUAUUUAUUAUUACCUAUGUAUAAAAAGCUAAGGAUGAUGAGCUUUCAUAAUUGAAUAUCUAAUUGGAAAAAGAAUUUAAUUUAUGUAAAAAUCAGAAGUACUUGGAUCUUACUACAAACAUUUAAAUGAAUCAAUCCUUUGAUAUAUCUAAAAGAUAUCAAUAACUUUAAGAAAUUAAAAAAUCAAAACUUUAAAAAUUUAAGAAUUAAUAUCAUGAAAAAUAUAACCUGUUAAAAAGCGACCUUAAUGAGUUAAAAUCUUAAGUUAAAUAGUUGUUUUCACAGAAUUGGUUUACUUUUAAUAAUGAGAAAUGUUUUUUAGAAUUUUCAAAAUUGUUUAAUACGAAAUUCUAAGAGGAAAUAUCAAUUGGUGAUAAUAGUAGUUAGGAUAAUGAAAAUUAAGAAUAAGAAUCUCCAAAAUUAGGAGAUAAUUAAUGUAUAGAUUAGUUUAUUUUAACAUUGAUGAAAUAAUUCGAUAUAAACGAAGGAGAUAUAGAGAACAUUAAAUUAUAGAUUGUUUAAUGUGUCAUAAACUAAAAAGACCUCAUUUUAUAAUAGAAAAUCUAAUUGGAAACAAUUCAGACCAAUCAAAACUUAAGUACCAAUCAACAAAUAAAUAAAUUGAAAAAAAUAAAAGAUGAACUAGAGAAUGAAUUGGUUUAGUUAAAUUUGCAUAAAGAGUAGUAGCAAAAAGUCUUGGAUUCAAAUAAUAAGGGAAUUUAAGAACUUAAAUAAAAAUUAGAGUGGUUGGAAAAAAUGGAUUACACCUUGCUUAAUGCUAAGUUACUUCAAUAAGAAUAAAUUUAAAUGAAGCAGCAAUAACAAUUAAUUUCAAUUGCUUCAAUAAUAUUUUAAUAAUUAAUCGAAUCUGUUUCAUAUAAAUCAUAAAUCAAAAUAAUGCUAUAGGAAUACUAUUAAAAAUUAAACACUUAUUUCGAUAAAGCUAAUGAAAUAAUUAGCCAAUAAAAUUGGAAAUAGGAUGAUGAUCCUUUAAAAUACUUUAUAUAUCAUUAAUAAACAGUUUAAAAGAUGAUGGAUACCAUUUGUGCAGAAUACACUAAAAUGAUUAGACUGAUAUAAUAGUAAAGAUAGGACUUGAUGUCUUAGUUAUGA